GGAGUGCCUGGUCUUCCCGCCCACCGGGGCUCCGCCGAGGGUGUCCCCAAUGGUGGCCAUCAACGCGCCCAUCGCGUCGCCGACGCCGCGAGGUCGCGCGUGCGGCACCGAACCGCCCACGGUGGCCGAGUUCUGCACGUCGCUGUCGGGGCUCGCCGAAGGGAGCACCCUCCCCGCGGAGGGCGACACGACCAAGGUGCUCGACAUGCUGUCCGCGGUUGAGCUGAGCCCUAUGGAGUGGGCAUCCUACGCCAGCCCGGCGCAGUUCAGCGAGUUCCACUGCGUCCAGAACCUCAUCCACUGUGACAGCCAGUUCUCAGUGAUGGUAUUCUGCUUCGGCCCCGGCCAGGCGGUGCCCCCGCACACGGUGGGCCACGGCCGCAAGUCGUGGGUGAAGGUCAUGCACGGCGGGAUCCGUUACGAGGAGUUCGCCCCUGGGCUCUUCCCGUGGGAGUCCGGCGUGGAGUGCCAGAGCGAGCUGCCGCAGAGCUCCUGCAGCGUCCUGCAGGAGUGCGCGGUGAGGAUGCACCGGUUCGUGAACGUCAGCGAUUCCGAGCCCGCGGUCAUGAUGCAGGUGUUCUCGCCGCCCCUGACCCAGUUUACCUACCGCACGGAGCGCGGCGUCGAGCGGCGCGACGUGCCCGCGCUUCUGGGCGCGACCUCGUGCGGCUGCCGCACCGCGUCGGGCGAUGGCCAGGCUGGGCGCGCGGCGCUGCCGGUGCCGGCGGCCAGCAUGCGGGCGUUGAUGCACACGAAAGG